AUGGAGCCGCCCCACCCCCAGCUACCCGGAAUCAUAAGGCCGCCGCCGCCCUCCACCACCCCGACCACCGGCAACCUCAUUUCCCCCCUAUCCCCCGUCCUCUCUCCUCUCAUUUUCUCCCUACUCACCACAGCUCCCCCACCCCGCCGCCACCAGCCGCUCCUCCUCACCGUGGCGGCAUUAUCCUUGGCACCCCGGAGAUGGGACCCUCCACGCGCGCCUUGCUGGGGACGGGUUCGUUCUCCGCGCGCCGCUGGGGACUGGGUCCUCAGCUCGCGCUCCGCCGCCGGGGACUGGGUCCUUCACUCGCGCAAGCCGGAAGUGCUUCCGCAGCUGCCGCGGGGAUGGGGUCCUACGCACACGCACACCGCGGGGGACGUGGUCCUCUGUGUACUACAUGUUUUGGUAGUUUAUUUGGUUCCGAUUAGUGCCAAGGUGCUCACGAGGGUGUGCACGGGGAAGAUCCAGGUGCAGCAGAAGUGCAGGACCAGGACCACCCUCUCCCAAGUCAUGGAUCCAGGCGCUAAGAGUAACACAUCACAUCAAUACCUGGGCUCCGAUUCCUUUAUUUUUCUCUUGUAUAAGGAGUAUCUUGGCAAUAAUUGCUUUCUUAAUGCCAUCCUGCAGGCACUUGGCAGCUGUGAUAAUUUUGUUUCCUUUCUAGAUAAUCUGCUUGCAAUUGACGGCUUGCUACCUGAAGAAAAGGCUAAAAGAAUGCCUCUUCUUCUUGCUCUUAAGUUCUCUUGCAAGGUUGGGAACUGAAACUUGUCACAAUCAAGUAUCAAUGGCUUUGGUGGAUACUAUCAGCCUCAUGUGUUCAUUGGUUUGGAACCAAGUGUAUAUAAUAUGUAGGUGUAGCUGCAAUUGGAUGGUGAAUACAUUGCAUGAUAUGAUUUCCUGUGAUGAGAUUAAUUGGAUAGAUGUAGCCUCAAGUGUUUCUGCAUUUGUACUGUUUAUAGUGGAUAAAGCAUGUGAAUUUGUGAUGUAAAGAAUGGAUAAAACAUAUGCAUAUGUGAAUAUGUGAUGUAUAUGAGGGUAUAUUCUGUCA